UGCUCUACAGAAGAAAGUAAGUCAUACAGGUUUGGAAUAACACGAGAGUGAGUAAAUAAAGAAUCUUUAUUUUUGGGUGAACUAUACUAUUAACAUGGCAAACUAUUUUGGAGGCUACUGUAUCAUGAUGUUAGUUCAAGGGUCUAUUUCUGCCCUGACCCUUAAAAUUGCACCUGUUUUAACUAAUAAUAUUUAUAUUACAUGAUAUUUAUAUAAUAUUUUUAACUUCAAAAGAUAUAAGAACAGAUAGUUUAAUUCAGUAAAAACAUUGUUAAAACAGUUACAGUAGGCCUAUGUACGUUUUUUUAUAAAGCAUCCUGUGCAACAAAACAAUAAUAGGAUGAUGAAACUCAGAGCACUAUUUUAUUUUCUUAAAAACCAAAGUGUUACAGAUGUACAGAUCGUUACAGAAGUGUUGGAGAUUAAACAUACAUCUUAAUUAUAUGAUUUGUUGAAUUUAAUUAUUGCAGUUGGCCCCCAGCCAUAUUUAAAUCUCAUAAAAUAUAGAUUUUUGUUGGUUGCUUUUCACGCUUUCUGUUGAUUAUUAUCUAUGUUGUCUGACUCCUUGGGCUUGAGAAGUCAAACAACAAGGGUAAAUAUUUGACAGUGAAGAGCUCUUGGGUAUUUGAGAGUGCACACUUUUCCUCGAGCAUACUUCUAUCUGUGGGUGUCUAAUAGAUUAAGGAGAAACGAGAGGUCAUUAGAAACUAAACUGUGUGCCUACACGGGGCUUUAUUUAUUCUUUGAGAGCGUGCGCCUAAAUUCCAAGAGCUUGGCAAACAUUUUAACUCACUUUAUACAGGUUAACAUCGACACGUGAAUGCAGCUUGUUGCAGUUACUAACCGGCAAACGCUAUUUAGAACCGACCCUCAUAUAGGCUAACAAAUAUAACCAUUAGCCUAAGAAAAUCUAUUUAGAAAAUCUAUUUAAAAAAUCUGUCAUUCAUUGGAAGAUUUAAGAAAAUUAUAAACAGAGAAUUUUCACAAUUAAAGAAAUGUUGUUUAUUUUAAAGCGUUCAAAGUUACUUUAGAAGACUUUGAUUAAUCGGAAGACAGCUUGAAGUUUUAUGGAAACGAAAAGUCUUUUAAUUCCGUUUGAAAACGCAUAACUAAUAAUUCAGUAUAGACGUAAGCAGCUAGACGUGUAGCAGUAGAUAGUUGCCCAGAUCCCGUUCGGCCCUAUUCAAAACCAUGACAACAAGAAACAAGCGCGGAUUUAUUUGAGAAAGUUAAAGGACAUUGUGCGGGGGCGUCAAUCAAGCAUUAUUUCAGGACUGAACAAAUGCAAAAUCUUGACUGGAACAAAUGCUUCCAACGGGUCUCGGACGCGGGGCUACAUUUCCCUCUUUUGUUCCCGGUCGCUGGUUGGCAUGUAUUUGUGUUCCUUUUUUCGCCCGACCACCCAGGACGACUAGACGAGAACGGAUACUUACUCUGUUUGGGAGGGUCUAUGCAGUCAUCCAGAGCGCGCUAAAGCUAGGCAAUCUCGGGAAUCAUCAGAACCCAAUGAUAUGCCUAGUGCGCUUACUGGUGAGGUGCAGGAGUAAGCAAUAGUCCAUAAUGAAAAAUUACUGUCUCCUUGAUGCCUGGAUCUUUUCCCAAAUAGAAGUUCUUAGUUAUUUCAGAUUUCUCGCUCGUUAGGAAGAAAUGAGCUUCUAAGUUAAACACUUAAACAGCAACGUAUAUUGUAAUGUCAGAUAUAGGCUAGCUGUUAGGAAACAUCCUUUCAAUUAAAAAAAAAAAUCUAGCAAUAAGGAUUUUUAUUUGUGUGCUUUUACAGUAUACAAGAGUAAGCCGCGAAUAUCAAUUUCAUUAAUUACCAUGUGAUAACUAUCACCCCACUGUACUGAGAGAGUGCACAUUUAACCCGUGUGUGUGCAAUGACACCUGCAAUAAACGACAAUACCCCAAUAAACGAAUUAGGAAAACCAACUCUGGGACGCUAAUGCAUCACUUUGUAUGCAAAUAUCCGAUAUGUUAUUUGAGCGGGGGAAAAGAAGGGAGGGCUCUUGUUGUCACUUGCCACCCAAGACGUGAUUCAGCCUCAACAAUUACCAUUAUCUGUUUCCCACUUUUCACGAAUUCGGACGAAUCAGUAAUGAUGAAGAGUGUUACCCUCCAUCAUUGUGAAAGUAACGGGCUAUUCUUUGCCGAGUUCACACCUACCAUUACAGGGAUUUAAGUACACGAGUCAUUGAGGUACUUAGAACCCAUAAGGAGGAGAGGCCUCAAAGCAGCCACCAAGUGCUGUUUAUAUAAACACCGCGACAUCAGUGUACACAUUGUCACUUGGAUGCGCGUCUUGAGAACGCACAGAUCACUUCAGCACUACGCGAUUAAGGAUAGCUCUUCACGAUCGAGAACCAGUCCUGGAACUACCAGCAAUCCAGCGCUGUUACAGAUGGCUAUUUCUAACAAGUUCAGUUUCACUGUGAGAAGUAUUUUGGAUUUGCCAGAAAAUGACACCGCGAGCAUCGCGCACCAUUCUCCAGUGGACUCCUUCUCCGUCUCACCUUACUCGUCUUGGACUGAAAACGAGAGAGGACACAUCUCGUCAGACGAGAGCAACCUUGAGGCUUCACCAGACUCCACCGGGCCAGACGCGCUUUCAGUGGAUACAGAGCAUGAAAAGCGGAAGAAGCGUCGCGUGUUAUUCUCCAAGGCUCAGACGUAUGAACUGGAGAGACGCUUUCGUCAGCAGCGGUACCUGUCCGCUCCUGAACGAGAGCAGCUCGCGCACCUGCUACGCCUCACGCCCACGCAGGUGAAGAUCUGGUUCCAAAACCACAGAUACAAGAUGAAGAGAGCGCGGAUAGAGUGCGCUCAGGACCUCAAUCAGCCUCCAGUGCUGCGCAGAGUCGUGGUGCCCAUUUUGGUCCGAGAUGGCAAACCGUAUCAGAACUGCACCAUUGAUGCAGAAAAAGGAAGCUGCAUCGUUCCACCAACAGUACCAUCCUCACCCUUCAGCGUUCAAGGUUUCCAGUCUUUACAGCAACAAACGCCCUUUGCGCUUUUCCCCACAUACCAGCACUUUACCAACACAGCGGCCUCCCGUCACCACUUCUGUGUUUGGUGAGAUUCACUUAGGACAACACGAACUAUUUUUGGGACUUACCCCACAGGACAGCGCAUGGAUUCCUCUUGAUUCAAGUUGUUUUUAAUUACAUAAAGUGUUAGGUUUAUUAAAGUAGAAACUCUCGGCGUUGAUAAGAUAAAAAAAUAAAUAAAAUAAAUGCUGUUUGCACAUAUUAUAUGUUCUAUUUAGUUGCAUUUCGUGAGAGUUUUGUAUUAAUUGAUGUUGUUUAUAAUUGCCUAGAUAGUGUAUUUUUGAACUGUUUGUGUUUGUUCUAAACCAAAAGUUUAUAUAUCAGUGAGGAAAGAAAAAGUUUUAUGUUUUAUACUGUGAAUAAUGUAGUGUCAUAAUUUGAUGAAAUUGCCUCAUCUUAAAGUGUUACACGUUUUCGUUCUUUAUUCUAUGUAUUACAAAAAAAUGAGAAUAAAAAAAUGAA